AAUUGCUCAUUCCAUUCAGCAGAUAGGCGAGCAUUGGCUUGCGCCCGAUGCGCGCGGUGCGGUGGGAGGGUUGCUGUGGAGAUCGGAGACUCUGAUAACCCCCAGUGCGUGCAGCAGAAGUGGUGAAUGCCUCGUGUUACGUACUGGCUAAUGAUUGGCACGCUUGACAGUGAUUGGCAGGGCUGCCAUGACAACGCUACAACGACACCAAGAAGACCAAUAGAAAAGGGAAACAAAAUGUUUCAAUGCUACACUCAACGGCGGAUUUAGGGGGGAGAUAUUAUGAGGCUGGUGUCAUUAGGCGAUAGCCAUUGAAUCAUUCAAUCUUUUUUACGUGCCGUAUUUUUUCGGUUUUUCCUUUUUCUCGAUAAUUUUCUUUCUCUCUCAGGUCAUUUCCAUGGUUUUCAGAUCCCCUUUAGAGCUUUAUCCCUCCCAUUUCUUCCUGCCAAACUUCGCUGAUCGCCCUCUGCUCCUGGCGAACAGCGCUCCCGCCACCAGGUCUCCAGAAGACUUGUCCAUGUUUCAGCUACCGACCCUCAACUUCUCCCCGGAGCAGGUGGCGAGCGUCUGCGAGACGCUGGAGGAGACCGGGGACAUCGAACGGCUGGGCCGCUUCCUUUGGUCCCUGCCCGUGGCUCCGGGAGCGUGCGAGGCGAUCAACAAGCACGAAUCCAUCCUGCGCGCCCGCGCCGUGGUCGCGUUCCACACAGGGAAUUUUAGAGACCUCUACCACAUCCUGGAGAACCACAAGUUCACCAAGGACUCGCACGGCAAGCUGCAAGCCAUGUGGCUGGAAGCGCACUACCAGGAGGCCGAGAAGCUCCGCGGUCGUCCCCUCGGACCGGUCGAUAAGUACCGGGUGCGGAAGAAGUUUCCGCUGCCUCGAACCAUCUGGGACGGCGAACAGAAGACGCAUUGUUUCAAAGAGCGGACACGGAGCCUGCUGAGGGAAUGGUACCUUCAGGACCCGUAUCCGAACCCCAGCAAGAAAAGGGAACUGGCUCAAGCCACUGGACUCACUCCUACACAGGUCGGAAACUGGUUUAAAAACCGGAGGCAACGAGACAGAGCCGCAGCGGCCAAAAACAGGCUCCAGCACCAAGCAAUAGGACCGGCCGGGAUGAGGUCCCUGUCAGAGGCCGGCCUGACCCCACACAGCUCGGCAGAGUCGCCUUCCACCGCGGCCAGUCCCACCACCAGCGUUUCCAGUAUGACAGAACGAGUCGACACCGGCACGUCCAUCCUGUCCGUCACAUCCAGCGACUCGGAGUGUGACGUAUGAUACGGAAAAACAAAAACAAAGAGAAAAAACACAAAAAGAGAAAUAUUUACAGGGAAAAUGGACCUGAGAGGAAGAGAGAGAGAGAGAGAGAGAGAGAGAGAGAGAGAGAGAGAGAGAGCGAGAGAGAGAGAGAGAGAAAAGACUUAUGAAAUAUCGCGGAUGAAAAAAAGGACCGAUUGAUAUAAAUAUUAAAAUAAAAGAGAUAAAAGCACGUCUUUUUUUAAAUUGAAAAAGCGCUUUUAAAGGACCCACGGCCCCCUCUCUUCCUCUUCAUCCCCCCACACCGCCACCAUCACCACUAGACUACUUGCAUGAUAUUUUUAUUUUUAUUUUGUAAUCAGGGAAAAACAAACAAACAAACAAACACCUGAAUGCAACAUUUUUCAUGUGGAACAUCGAGCAGAGGGAAUAAAAACAAGAUCGUCUUGAUGUCUUCGUCGCCUUUUUUUUAAUCCGCCCCUGCAAGUCCAAGUGAUGAUGAAGAUGUUGAUGAUGAUGUUGAUGAUGGCGGUGCAGCAUCCGCCGUGCAGACAAGAUGCAAUCCUGUUUUUACUUUGUGUUCAUCAGACAAUCAUUUUAACUCGUAAGCACCUUUUUAAUCCUCUUCUGUCGCUGCCUGUGUGGGCUACAUGUCAACAACAACAACAACAACCAUUUAUAACUAUCAGAUUUUUUAUUUUUAUUUUCAAAUUUUUAUAUUGAAUUAUGUAUAUCUCAAAUAAUGCGAUCAUUCUCCUGGUCUGUACGUGUAGAAAUAUGCUUGUACAUAAUCUUUGCUCUCCCCCCGUCCCAUCCUCUUUUCUAUCCCAUCCUCACUUUUCUUGACUUGGUGUUCCUACAUAAAAUAUUUGUCCAAACGUA